AAGGAUUUUUAGAUAUAUUACUGAAACUAGACGGUGUGAAUAUUAUACAAUUUCUUUGUCAUUUUUAGGUUCACAAUUCAACAUGCAGACUGGACUCUCGGGCAAUUCAACAUCUUCCCCCCCUUUUCCUAUCAUCAAGGUGUGUGUGGUGGUUCCCUUCUUCUCCAUCUUCCUCUUCUGCAUCGUACUCAUGCUCUACAUCUUCGCAUCUAACCGGCACUUCAUGGACAGCACUCGCUACAUCUUGUUUGCCUUCAUGCUGGUCAAUGACACCCUAGUAAUGUUGUCCUCUGUGCUGCUCUUGUUCCUGGCUGUCGCCCAGACGAGGUUCCCCAUUGUCUUCUGUGCCCCCCUGCUGUUUUUCUCCACUGCUUCCUUCCUCAACACCCCUCUCAUCCUAGCUACCAUGUCACUGGAGCGCUACGUGGCUAUCAUGUACCCACUGCAGUGCCCACCUGCGUGGCGGUCCGACCGCGUCUGGAUCAUCUUGCUGUGCCUGUGGCUCAUCAGCUGUGUCCUCCCCACGGUGGACUUCUCCAUAGCGGGGGCUCGUCCCGGACUGGACGUCCUCUCCACGCCCGUCUAUUGCAGCACCGUGGUGCUCAACUCUUCUACCGUGCAGACUCUGUUCAAGGUCUCUCUGAAUGGGUUUUUCUUCGGGGCGGUGGCGCUCAUGAUCCUCUACACCUACAUCAAGAUCCUCCUGGAGACCAAGAAGAUGAGGCAGGACAGGGCCUCUGUGAACAAAGCCAUGCACACCGUGCUGUUCCACGGCUUUCAGCUGCUGCUCUGCCUCUUGGCCUUCACUAAUCCCAUCUCGGAACAGCUCCUCGUGCUGCACGCCAACUGGUUACCCGACGACAUCUACUUCUUCAACUACUUCUGUUUUAUCCUCAUCCCGCGCUUCCUCAGCCCACUCAUCUACGGCUGGCGGGACAAGAGCCUGAGAGACCACAUGAGAAGAGCAGCUCUGUGCUGCUCUUGUGGCUUCAGGACGCGUGACACGGAGAAGCCAUUGUCAUAA